UAAUCUGUGGUUCAGUGGUGUCGAUGAUAAUUUUGUGUUUUGUGAGCGCUUAACGUUUUAUAUUUUAAUUUAUUUUCUCAUUGGAGAAAUUUUUAUUAUUUUAUGUACGCAGAAAAUGACUGCAGAGAACGAAAGAGAAAUUUAUCACAAGUUAGAGGCCAUGAAAGAGAUCCGAAAUAAGACUAUUACCUUAGAAAGGCUGAAGCGCAGUAUUUUAAAUGAGGUUCGUAGUGGAGACCAAGAGGGGCGCUGCCUCGCCCAGUACAAGAGAGAAAUGGAGCUUCUGCAGCAGGAGAAGAUGAGCCACGUUGAGGAGCUUCGGCAAAUACACGCUGAUAUUAACGCUAUGGAAACCGUAAUAAAACAGACAGAAGAAAGCAUGUCACGCAAGCUGACCAAUGCAUCAAGAUUGCACGAAGACUACAGGCCAUUGAAAGCUGAGGUGGACCUUUUGAGGCGGCAGUGCCUCGGCCUCGACCGGCUCCCCGAUCUGCAUGAAGAAGAAGGCAGCCCUAUCACACCCGACCGCUUCCCCGCGCCGGCGCGCGCGGUGGGCGGGGCGGGCGGCGCGGUGGGCGGGGCGGGGGGCGCGGCGCUGGGCGCGGGCGCGUUCCUGGCGCCGGCGCCGCGCAAGCCGCCGCCGCCGCCGCCCGCGUUCAGGUCUGCUCUCGACCGAGAUUUCCUUACCGUUGACCUGAGACAGCAGCCGCCGCCCAUGAAGUCGUGCCUGUCGUGCCACCAGCAGAUCCACCGCAACGCGCCCAUCUGCCCGCUCUGCAAGGCCAAGAGCCGUUCGAGGAACCCCAAGAAGCCCAAGAAGAAAUAGUAACUGCCGUGCGAAGUACUCGCUGUCCAACAAAUGUCA